AUGCUAGCGGAGCGUAACGUAGACUCAGUCUCUCUUCAAAAUGCCAGCGACUGGGUGAGCAUACAGGCUCGUUACGGCCAAUGGGCAUGGGGCCCAGUUAUUGACGGGAAGCUCGUCAGGGAUACUCCUUCAAAGCAACUUUCCCAAGGAGUUAAGGGAUCUCGCUUGCUCACCGGCAACGUCGCAGACGAAGGCCCAUAUUUUAUUCAGCAGAAUAUCACCACCCAGGUGGACUUUGUCUCAUUCUUGCAGUCCAACUACCCCAAGCUAACCACUUCCAACAUUACUCAGAUACUGGGCACUUACACGCAGAAAUUCGAAGGAUUCCUCACGAGUAACUCAAAAGAGGCGAAUAACACGGAUCCGGGCUUUGCAACUAACGGUCGGAAUCCUCCCUACGCUACGACUGUGUCCAACUACGCCACAGGCUGGCAGCAAGUAGCCAACAAUUUCUACGCCGAGGCUACUGUCAUAUGUCCGUCGUAUUGGCUUGCCGACGCAUACGCAGCGAAAAAAGGAGGCCAAGCAUGGCGUUACCAGUUCAGCGUACAACCCGCCUACCACGGUCUGGACGUGGGCUCCGGAUCCGGCACCGAUGUGCUUCUCGCCGACGUCAACACUCCCAAUACGUCUAUAAUUUUACCUCUUCGGCGCGGAUUGCAGAUCGCUUGGGGUGACUUCAUUGCCAAUGGGGCGCCAACUCUACGUGGUUCUGGUUUAAAUGUGACCGUCUGGCCGCAGUGGAGAACAGGGGGGGACGGAGUCGCUCAAAUGCUGAAUGCAAACAUGACAGGAGGUGUGCCAAUCGAGAAGGAAUCUUCAUUUGACGGCAUGGUCAAUUUGCAAAUCACCAGCUAUCUACCUGGUGACGCUGAUGACCCACCUCUACAGGCCGUCUUAGACAUUGUGGACGGCGAUGUAUGGGAGGAUGGCCGAGGGGAACGAUGCCGCAUGCUAUCCGCCCUAAGCUAUUGGAUUACUGAGUAG